UCCAGGGUAGAGGUGUGUGUUCUGGGCCAGAGGAGCAGGAGAGAUGACCUGGGGGACCCUGUACGCCCAGCUGGCUGGUGUGAACCGCCACUCCACCAGCCUGGGGAAGGUGUGGCUGUCUGUCCUCUUCAUCUUCCGGGUCACCGUGCUGGUCCUGGCGGCCGAAAGCGUCUGGGGGGACGAACAGAGCGACUUUGUCUGCAACACCCUGCAGCCGGGCUGCGAGAACGUCUGCUACGACCACUUCUUCCCCGUGUCCCACAUCAGGCUCUGGUGUCUGCAGCUUGUCUUCGUCUCCACACCCGCUCUCCUCGUCGCCAUGUACGUGGCCUACCGUCAUCACGGCGACAAACGCCAGAUCCUGCAGCAGGGUUCAGUCGGGGGGCGUUGCCGCAGCGACAAGGCCCAGGUGGCCCAGGAGGCUGAGCUAGAGAGCCUGAGGAGGCGGAGGCUGCCAAUCGCCGGGCCGCUGUGGUGGACGUACGCCUGUAGUCUGGUCUUCCGCCUGCUGUUCGAGGGAGGCUUCAUGUAUGCUCUAUACGUGUUGUACGACGGCUUCCAGAUGCCCAGGCUGGUCCAGUGUGACCAGUGGCCCUGUCCCAAUGUGGUGGACUGCUUUGUCUCCCGCCCCACAGAAAAAACUGUCUUCACCGUUUUCAUGGCCGCCUCCUCCUGCGUCUGUAUGGCACUCAACAUGGCCGAACUGGCCUACCUGGUCGCCAAGGCUAUCGCUCGGUGCCCGUCAUCGCGGCGCAGAGGGGGGAAACAGAAAGAGAAGGGUUCAAACUGUUCCUCAACCUCUUCCAAAGACAAGACUCUGCAGCAGAACAAGAAGAAUGAGAAGUUGUUGUCGUCCUCUUCGUCAGGGUCCACCUGCAGCAAGGCGGUGUGAGGACGGGGGAGCUAUAGACAUAGCGUACAUAUGCACACACAGACGUGCAAAACAUAAGUAGCCUACACACACAAACACACCGAAUCAUAAAUAUGUGUAAACACUGUGUAGUCCACUCCAGACAUGCACAGAAGAUCUCCUUUCCCGCUUCAGUCACUGGAGUCACUACGCCAUCUAGUGGACAAUAUUCACACAUGGCCACUGACCCUUCA